AAUAAUAUACUUUAUUUAGUAUUAACGGUAAACAUGGCACAAUACAACUUUGAAGGUGACCUGUCCAAUAUAUCUGAACGCCAACUGGAGUUCAUCAAUAAAGUGGUUUUAGAGCAAGAGUUAAAUGCCAGCAAGGUGGUCUUCCAUCCAGUCGGAAAGGCUGGUGAUAAUUUCGUGGCAAACAUUAAGAGGAUCCACAUCGAAGGUGAACAUGACACCCUGAAGCUAAUUAUUAAAAUUGCUCCCACAAAUGAGAUAGCCCGCCAAACUACGAACACUGGAAUCAUGUUCAAUAAUGAGACUGUUAUGUAUACGGAAGUACUGCCAAAGUUUGUGUCCUUGCAAAUAGCUGCAGGAGUGCCUGAAGACGAACAACUAAGAUUCGCAAAAUGCUACGGAACUCUCACUGAGCAACCCAACGAAGUUAUCAUUUUGGAAGACCUAAAUGAAUCAGGUUACACUAUGUUGGACAAGUUUGAAUCUUUGUCUGAUGAUUGUGUUAAAAGCAUUCUGAGGAAUUUUGCUAUACUACAUUCUCUUUCUUUUGCAAUGAAGAAUAAGGAACCUGAAAAGUAUGAUCAACUGAAAGCUAAAUUAAUGGAUGUUUGGGAUGUCAUGGCUGCAAUUCCACAAUUUGAAAUGCAAAUUGCAAAUCUGGAGAAUCAGCUAAUUGCUGUCGUUGAGGAUGAAGAACAUAAAAGAAUAUUAAAAAAUAAAAUGACAGACAUGUUUGCGGUCAGAAAGAAGAUACUCAAGCAUGAGAAUCAAAAGCAUUUGAUCAUUCAGCAAGGAGAUGCAUGGACAAACAACAUUAUGUUCAAAAUGGGUGAAGAAGGUCCAGUACAAUCGAUCAUGAUUGACUACCAAGCUUCAAACAACGUGAGCCCAGUAGUCGACCUUCUCUACAUGAUCCUCAACUGCACAGACCACGAGACCAGGUCGAAGAACUUCUACAACUGGUUAGACUAUUAUCACUCCGAGUUAGACAAGUCACUAUCGAACUUUGGGCUGAAAGCCAACUUUAUUUACCCUAAAGACCAGUUAGAUGCAGAUUUGAAAAGAUACGCCAAACUAUUGUUUGGUCUGAGUCUUCUCCUAGCAAAUGUUUUAAUGAGAGAUACUACAGAAGCUGCUGAGAUUUUGGAAGCUAUGAGAACUGCUGGUAUUAACGAAAUUGCUGAAUCAAUGACGACUCAAAAUCUACAGGGUGAAACAAUUCUUCGUCUCCGCAAGAGAAUUGUUGGACUCAUUGACAGUUUCCAUGAGUUCGGUUUACUGUAAAACUUUGAAUUAAUUUUGUGUUCCCAUUUAAAUUAUUUAUAAAGUAUGAAAGUAUUUA